GUUAGAAACCCUUGAUUUUCACAAAGUUUUUUUUUGUACAAAAAGAAUUUUAUUCCUUGUGUAAUUUUGGUUUGUUAUUUCAAGUGUCGUUCAGCCCUAUGUUAUAUUUUGACGGACCCGGCGCGGUCACACUGCUUAUUUUGUUUACGCCGUACGCCAAACGGAUUGCAGUUGGCCAACAACAAGCUGCGAGAAUAAACUAUCGUCAUGGCCGGCUUCGUGGCGGUGCACACAGGGGCUGGGAAUUGCAUCGACGAAACCAAGUACCAACGGGUGAUUAAGGAGGCGUGCCAGCGAGCCACGGACAUCCUACGGAAUGGGGGAUCGGCGAUGGAUGCCUGCGAGGCGGCUAUUGAACGACUGGAAAACUGCGGCUACACAAACGCCGGCUACGGCUCCAAUCUCUGCUUGGACGGAUCUGUGCAGUGCGAUGCGGCUAUAAUGAAUGGCUCCACGCUGAAUUUUGGUGCCUGCACAAACGUCAGUCGGGUGAAGAAUCCCAUCCAAUUGGCACGACGCAUCUGCGAUGCCCAGUCCAGUCCACAACUACUGGAGCGCAUACCGCCAAUGAUCCUCGCCGGCUCUGGAGCCGAAAGAUACGCCGACGAGGUGGGCCUCUCUAUGGUGGAUCCGGCCGUCCUUAUCUCACCAAAGGCCAAGUUCCAGUUUAAUCAUUACAAGAGCAAGUACGAUCUGGUGGUGAACAGCAGACUGAGCAAGUCGGCCUCCGAAGAACCGGAACCCGUGCCAGAACCAGGAAACGAAGUGGAACUGGCCGCCGCCCUGGACACCGUGGGUGCAGUGUGUGUUGAUGGGGCGGGCAACACAGCGGCCGGCUGUAGCUCCGGCGGAAUACUCCUCAAAGUGCCCGGCAGAGUGGGCCAGGCGGCGACCUAUGGAGCCGGCUGUUGGGCCACGGAUACAGACGAACUAGCCAUCGCCACCUGCACAACCGGCAACGGAGAGUACCUGAUGAAAACGCUGCUGGCCAGGGAGAUCUGCCACGGGGCCUUUAUCAGCGACUGUGCUGUGACCAGUCUGCAUCGUACGUUUAAGCAGAAGUUCCUCGACUCACCAUUGUUGCCACGGCAGCAGGAUCUCUACGCCGGCGCCCUGACACUGCUCUAUUAUCCGGGGCAGAGCAGCGGCGAGGUGAUGUGGAGCCACACGACGCAGUCGUUUUGUGUCGGCUACAUGGCAACCAAUCAGAGGGUGCCAAAGUUUGUGCAUUCGCCGCUGCCCACGUACAGCGUCCCGGGCCGAUCGUGCGUCGUCAAUGGCCACAAUUUCCAUUUGCGCAUUUAAACGCGGGGCUGGCCAACUAGCCCCCAGCCACAUCGUCCCGCUGCUCCUGGCCCAGCUGCUCUGCAUCUGCAAUUCAUUUGAUUUAAUGUUUAAUUGCCGCGACAAUCGCUGCCAAUGGCAUAUGGCAGACGAAAUGAAAGCGCCGAAGGUGCCGGGGCAGAAUUAUGUAUAUGCUGCUUUCUCUCGGCGAAAUAUUAAUAUAAUUAAGCGAAAAUUUUUAUUGUAAAUUCUCGUA